AAGACUCUGACACUAUCAACACCAUUUUCAUAGGAUGAAUUCAGACGGCAUCUUCAUCUUAUAACAGAGCUGUGGCAUGACAGCAGAAACCUCUUAUCAUCCAAUGAACACUCUAUGCAUAUCAGCUGAUCACCAAGCAGAAGAAUAAAAAUGACAGAGAACAAUUGCUGCAAAGUAAAAGAAACAUGAAGUCAUUGUUGGCUAUGGGCUUCAUGGCCAGCGCCUUAAUUUUGAGUUCUGCUCGCCGAUUUGACAGUGCCAAGGUAUUUCGUGUAAAGCCUCAUAAAGAAAAGCAAGUGAACUUCCUGAAGAAUUUGCCAAGCAACCUACAGAUUGACUUUUGGUAUCCAGACUCGGCAUUACAUAUACUCAGUGAGAUGGAAGUGGAUUUUCAUGUCAGCGCUGAUCAAGCCAAAUAUGUUGAGACUCUCUUGAAGCAGAAUGGCAUACCUUACGAGAUUUUAUUUCAAAACCUGCAAGAAGAUAUUGAAAAACAACUUGACAACAAAAACAAAUCUACCAGCAAAUACCACUAUACAAAAUAUAAUGAAUGGCAUCAGAUUUCUGCAUGGACAGCAAGAAUUGCGAAGAAGUACCCAAAAUUGGUUUCCCGCAUCAAAAUUGGAAACACCUUUGAAAAUCGUUCCAUGUACCUCCUUAAGAUUGGGAAACAAAGGAAUCCAAAAAAGGCCAUCUUCAUGGAUUGUGGAAUUCAUGCACGAGAGUGGAUUUCACCUGCUUUUUGCCAGUGGUUUGUGAAAGAGGCCACCAGAACCUAUGGGAAAGAUGGUAACAUGACAAAUAUACUGGACAAUAUGAACUUCUACGUUGUUCCUCUAUUCAACAUAGAUGGCUAUGUCUGGAGUUGGACUCAGAAUCGCUUUUGGAGAAAGAAUCGCUCAAAUGCAUCUAGCAGCACAUGCAUUGGUGUUGAUCUCAACAGGAACUUUGAUGCUGCAUGGGGCACUAUUGAUGCCUCCAAAAAUCCAUGUGAAGAGAUAUACUGUGGAUCUUCACCAGAGUCUGAACCAGAAACUAAAGCAGUUACGACAUUCAUCCGCAGCCACCUCUCUUCAAUCAAGGCCUAUCUGACCAUUCAUUCCUACUCUCAGAUGCUGUUGUUCCCCUACGGCUAUACAUAUGAUAAGACACCUAACUAUAAGGAACUGAAGGAACUAGCGAGGGAAGCUGCCAAAGCUAUAGCUAGCCUAUAUGGUAAAAAGUAUACAUAUGGAACAUCAGCCGCUACAAUUUAUCCUUCCUCUGGUUGUUCUGAUGACUGGGCUUAUGAUCAAGGAAUCAAAUACUCCUUCACUUUUGAGCUUCGUGAUAAGGGUAAACAUGGGUUUCUCCUCCCUGAAUCAGAAAUCAAGGCAACUUGCCAAGAAAUUAUGCUGGCAGUGAAAUUCCUUGCCAAUUAUAUCUUGAGAAAGAUUUAGUAUGGUUUACCACUUUCUGAUGUAUUGCAGAGACAUGGAAAUAAAUAA